AUGCAUGACAUCCAGCCGAUCCCACCUUCGGCGCCGGUCAAGACCGAGAUCCUGGCCCUCUUCCGCCACGGACCGCACCUCAAUGCCCGCUACGCGAACUUCAUCAUUACCGGCAUCAUUCGAGACGGCUUCGUCUCCUUUUCCCACUGCCGCCCGGCCACACUCUCCUCCGACAUUGAAGCUCCCUUCGAGAAGUCCGCCCUCCAGGGGCUCACUCUUCGCCUCGGCUUGGCCUCCAAGUGGAUGAAGACCGUUGGCGUUCCCCACAAGUCCCUCAUCGUCGGACGCAAUACCGCCCUUCUCAUCCACCUGGGCGAAAUUGUCGUCAUGCGCUUCGACAAAUCCGGACAUGCUCCAGGCCCCGUAUACUGGGAGCAUGGCGACAUCCCGCACGGUACCACCUUCCAACUGCGAGCCAGCUUAAUCUACUUGACCUCCCAGCCGGAGCCCAUUGGCUUCAUGAACGCCGGCGAGGUCUUCCUCUUCGAACACCUGGUUCUCUGCCAGGGACAGCUCCACAUCAACACCGGCUCCUUCACGGCACAGGUGGCCUUCCACUCCCUCGGCCAGGGCGCCCGGGAGAUCACCCUGCCCGAUGUCCCGGUCGCCGACCAGUGCAUCGGCUGCCUCGGCUUCUCGCCCCACAUCCAGACCCAGCUCUGGUCCCUCGCCCUGGAAAAACGCCAGGGCAAUCUCCGCUCCCUGGGUCUCGCCUGCAAGUCCCUCCUCUCCUGCUACCUUUCCCGCAACAUUCUCUUGAGGCGCCUUUUCGCACAUGAAGACAAGCUGCUGCUCAUCCUCCAUGGCUGCCUCAUCCUGGCGCAGUUCCCUCAACCCCUGAGUACCCUCUGCCCUGGCACCCUGGAUGGCCCUAUCCCGGAGGUGGUCCUGCUGCAGGGGCUCUCCCUCGAGGCCCACUUCGAGCCGCUGGCCACCCGCGGCACGGUCUUGCUCGUGGACCCGGACCAGCGCACCGGCUACUCCAUCGACAUGAACCACCCCUUGUCCAAGUUCUCCAUCUUCCCCCAGGUCCCCCUCCCGCGGUUUGAGAACACCGCCGCCAACUGGUCCUUCUUCUCGCGCGACGCAUUCUGCUUCAUCGCUCCGAAGACCUCGGCCAUCUUCUCCCUCAGCUCCAUGAACUCCUUGGCCCAGAUUACCACCGGCUCCGACAUGGCCUUCCUCUUCGCCGGAAAAGGUACCCUGAAAUCCGUGCACCUCGGUGGCCCGACCCAAACACACCAGGCCCUCGGCUUCGGCGGACUGGCCGACCCCAAGCGGCUCAUGGUCCUCGGCCGGCGCUUCCUCUCCCUGCACGAGAAUUACCUCGUCUGCCAUGAGUACCACCUGGGCCUGGAGGACUUCCGCCCGGCAAGCUUCUCCUUCGCCCUGCGCCUGGCCGCACAGGCCGGCAACCUCAGCCUGGAGCCGGCCGUCCCGCCGGCCGACGACCGCUGCCGCGUGGUGGUCGACAACCAGUGGGCCAUCGUCGUGGAUCUGGCCCUGGCCCGGGUGCUGUCCUACCAGCCGGCCAACCGCCCCCUUGAUCAGCCGACCAGCGCCGAUCUCCACUCCAGCGGCGGACCCAUGACCGCGCUGUCCGGACACCUGGCCGCGCUCGACCUCAAUGGCGUGCUCCUCUUCGGCACGACACUCGAUGCCGACCGGCGGCUGGUCAUCAGCGACUCGCCGGAGCCCAUGCGCCACUGGUCCUUCCGGCCAAAUGGCGUGUUCACCCCGCACCAGCCCGGCCUCCUGGCGGUGGCCGCCGGGGCCGAUGUGCACUUCGUCUGCCCGCCCGAGGACACGGCCAUCCGGCAAGUCCUCAAUCGCGUUCUGCAGCUGCCCUUCGGCGGACGCCGCUGCCUCGCGGCCACGCAACUCGACGACGACACACUGGUACUGCAAUUCAGCGACGGCUUCUUCGACUUCCUGGCUCUGCAUACAUCCAUGCGCGCAGCGCAGCACUUCCUCUGGCGCAACAACCCGAGCAUGGCCCCGGCCGGCCCGGCCGACCGGGUCUGGGUGUGCCCAUGGCUGCCUCUCUGCUGGGUGGCCUACGAGCAGGGCGCGCGCUUUGUCUUCCAUGCCGCCCGGCUUCGGGACCCACACAGCAGCGACAAGGGCUCCGUCUCGGAGCCCUGGGCCUUCCUCCCGGCCCGCACGUCCUUCGCCCUGAGUGUGGCCACCUGGCCCGGGGUCGUCCCGCCGGGCGUCCAGGCCGCCGCACCCACCGCCAUCGGGGUGGCCUUCCUCCGGCACAUGAGCCGGCGCUUCUGUGCCAUCCUGUACGCCGCCCUGAACCACGGCCAACGCGUGGCCCUCAUCCCGGAGGAAGACAUCAUCCGGCUGUUCAUCGACUCGGCCAGCCCGGAAGUCCUGUCCCGACCGCUGAUCUGCAUCUCCCAGGACAUCGAAAUGCCGGUCUCCAGCGACAUCCUCACCCUCGGCCAUGAACUCCAAUCGGCCACCGCACACCCGACCGUGGUCCUCCGCAGCGAUGCCCACUGGAGGACAGUCCUCCUGGCCAAGACCUUCCCAGACACGGGGGAUGCCUGCCUCCGGUCCCAGAUCCGGGUGGAGCUGUGGCCCCCACCGGAGAGCCUCACCUUGAACUAG